GUUUGUAUCAUGACAGCCUUUAGUAACGAGUGGACACUGCUUGAGAAAUUACUCUUGACUCAAGCAGUCUACAAGUAUGGCGAAAAUAUGUGGUUUCAAGUAGCCAGGGUACUGAAACAACACGGUCUGAUUCAACAACAAAACCUACAACGCCAACCUGACUUUUACAGUCAAAAAAAUUGCUCUUUUCAAUAUUACUUGCUUGUGGAAAAUAUGGAAGCAGAAAAGCAAAUGUUUAGAAAUGAUUUGACAAAUGAUAUGCCAGUAGUUGUUCGACUCGCGAGACAAUUGUAUAUCCAAAGAGUAGAAGAAAUCAAGCAAAACCUCAAGAAAGAUCAAGAAGAGUUUAGUCGACUUGCUCUUGAGAUUGAUACUAUCAAAGCUGGAGAAUGGGAUUCAACAUUGAAGCAAAGAGCAAGUGAUAGCACAACUGCACAAACAUCAAAAGACGACAGCAAUAGUGAGCCAGUAAUAGAAAGUAAUAGCAACGACAAAAAUAACAACAAUAAAAAUAGCAACAGUGACAAUGACGAUAACAACAAUAACAACAAUAACGAUAGCGACAGUGACAAUAGCAAUAACGAUAGCAACAGUAACAAUAACGAUAGUUGCAGCCAUACUAGUGAAGCAGUUUCGGAGAAUAACGAAAGCAUUGAAUACAAUAAAACAGUGUUGGAGAACCAUACCACUGAGUCGAAUGCAAACAGCCUAGAGAAACAGCAGGAUGAAAAUGAACCUCCGAGAACUACUGAAAAUCCUUUAAAACGUACAACAGAUGCAUCUUUGGUGGAUUCAUCACAUACUCUAAAAAGAUGCAGAUUGACUAUCCUUCAAGAUGAGGAUGAAUCUUUAAAGGAGCUUCAUGUGCUUUCUGCUGCUAUUUCAAAUGCAUCCUCAACAAAAGAAAAGGUCGUAUUAAAUGUAGACUCGCCUGAAAUUACUCCUGUGACAGUUCCAUCGGAAGAUGCACUUGUGAGAACCGAGCAAACUACAAAGACAGCCCAGAAUCAAUCUACGGCAAAAGAAGCCAAGACUAACCAUGUAUCCAACAUCUUGAUACCUAAAGAAAUUUCCUCAAAUACACAACAAGAACCAUCAGCUUCACCUAAAAUAAAAACAAGCACACCUGACGAAGAGUAUUUUCAGAAUGAAACAGCUUCUACACCUACCUCUGUAUCCAAGAAACCAUUAAAUACAACCGAACAGCGACAAAAAGCCUGGCAGAAGAAUAUCAAUCUUUUAUGGCAAGAAAUUGCCAACCACAAGAAUGGCACCAUGUUUAUGAACCCCAUCAAGAAAUCCCAUGCACCUCUCUAUGAUAAAGUAGUCAAGCAACCACUUUAUUUGAAGACGAUCAAGAAUAGAGUGAGAGAUGGGAUUGUAAAGACAACGACUGAGUUUGAGCGAGAUGUGACCUUAAUGCUAACAAAUUCACUCAUGUAUAACAAAGAAGGAACCGAAAUGUAUUUAAUGGCACAAGAAAUGCUGGAAGAUGUAAGAGAGCAAAUUAGAUUGUUUAAAUCUGCGGAUAGUUUUUCUACUGCUUUUUGGGAAAGUGAUGCUUAA